AUGUCAGACAGAAGUCCCUUCGAAACAGAUAUGUUAACCCUUACCCGAUACGUUAUGGAAAAGGGACGACGCGUUAAAGGCGCUACAGGGGAGCUGACACAGCUGCUCAACUCAAUGCUGACUGCCGUGAAGGCCACCUCCUCUGCAGUCAGAAAGGCAGGCCUUGCCAACAUGUAUGGAAUAGCAGGAACUGUGAACGUGACUGGUGAUGAAGUGAAGAAGCUGGAUGUGCUAUCCAAUUCUCUGGUUAUUAACAUGCUACAGUCCUCCUAUGGCACCUGUGUCCUAGUCUCAGAGGAGAAUAAAGAUGCCAUUAUCACUCCACAAGACAAGAGGGGUAAAUAUGUGGUGUGCUUUGAUCCACUAGAUGGUUCUUCCAAUAUAGAUUGCUUGGCAUCAAUAGGAACGAUAUUUGCUAUCUACAAGAAGACAACAGAAGAUGAGCCUUCUGAAAAGGAUGCCUUGCAGCCAGGACGAAAUAUUGUUGCAGCAGGCUAUGCCUUGUAUGGCAGUGCUACGCUGGUGGCUCUUUCUACCGGGCAAGGAGUAGACUGCUUCAUGCUAGAUCCGGCCCUUGGUGAAUUUGUUCUGGUGAAUAAAGAUGUGAAAAUCAAGAAGAAAGGGAAGAUCUACAGUAUCAAUGAGGGUUAUGCCAAGUACUUUGAUCCUGCGAUGACAGACUAUUUACAAAGGAAGAAAUUCCCUGAGGAUGGCAGUGCCCCCUAUGGCUCUAGAUAUGUGGGCUCGAUGGUGGCUGAUGUUCAUCGCACCCUGAUGUAUGGUGGGAUAUUCAUGUACCCAGCUAACCAGAAGAGUCCUAAGGGAAAGCUCCGUCUCCUUUAUGAGUGCAACCCCAUGGCUUUCAUCAUUGAGCAGGCUGGUGGGAUGGCUACCACAGGGACUGAGCCAGUGCUGGAUGUGAAGCCUGAAUCUAUUCACCAGAGAGUCCCAUUGAUUCUUGGUUCCCCAGAUGAUGUGCAGGAAUACCUCGCUUGUGUGCAGAAACACCAGAAAAGCAGCUAA